AUGAUCUCUAAAAUCCUCAGCGCAGGCCUCCUAGCUUCUGCCUUAGCUUAUCCAUCUCCACCAUCUGGCGGUGUUGGUGUCUCACCAAACGAUCCAGCACCAGUCUACUCACCUGAAACGGAUUUUGAUACCGAAUCCCUCGUUGUUGGUGUCAAUCAAGAAUGGCUUGAGCUGGAUCUCUUCCAUAACAUGCUUGCCACUUUUAGCGAAGAAGAAUUCGAUGCUGCCGGAAUCAAUGCCGAGCAACGUUAUUACAUUCAAGAAAUGGCAGAACAAGAAGUUGGACAUGCCAUUUUAAUUAAUAAUAUGUUGGCUGGCGCAGGUAAAACCAGCCAACAAUGCCAAUAUAAGUACCCAUACAAGUCUGUAAAAGAGGCAUUGUCAUUUGCCGAAUUUGUUACACGCUUUGGAGAAGCUGGUGUCUACGGAUUUUUGCCUCACUUGAAAAACCGUGCUGUUGCACAAAACCUACUUCAAUCCAUUACAACAGAAGCCAAGCAAGAAGUGGCAAUGGCUCAGAUGGAAGGCUACUUCCCUCAACCAUAUUGGUUCAAUAUGGGACUCACACAAGCCAUGACAUGGUCAUUGAUGGUUCCCUUCUUAGACCACUGUCCAGAAUCAAACCCAAAGGUUGCGUUCCCUGCAUUCCCACUUUUGGACGUAACGAAUGCAGCUAAGACAGUCGACGAAUCCAUUCCUUCUGGCGUAUCAAACAACUACACUCAUGUCGCACAACCAGGCAGACAACUUGAUCUCAAAUGGGCAGCACCAGGCCAAGAUGUCGGACCACCAGAGCAAGGUUACAAAACGGACAAGAACCCAGAUCUCGGUGAUCCAGCAUAUGCAGCAUUCAUUCACCAGCUUAAUGUCACGUAUACACCACUCGAAAAUGUAAACACUGAGGAAUUGACCGCGACAACUAUUCACCCAGAUUUCAAGAUGUUCAAUGAACCAAACGGUAUGGGUAUCAAUGGUACUGUAUUCUUAGCUAUCGUUGAUGAAGAAGUACCUGUCACACCAUACAACUUCUCAUUGCUUAAUGACCAUAUCCACGCAUUUGGUCCAUACUUCGCUGGUAUUUAA